AAUCUCGUCAAUAUCUUUGUGAAGAGCUUCAAUAUCAUCAUUUGCAUAUUAAAAAUUGUAAAUUUUGUAUGUAGCAGAAGUUAUUCCAGAAUAUUUCUAAAAUUAUAUGAUUGUCAGCUGGAAUUUGAAAGGAAUAAAAUAUCAACAGUCACAAAAUUACAAUACAUAGCAACAUCAUUGUGUGCGAUUUUUCAUAUCAUAUUUAUGGCAUUUGCUAUCUGUUAUUCUUUACACCUUUCAUCAUAUCGACUACAAUUCUAUCAAGCUGGA